GCAGCCACCCCAGGCAGAGGAAGAGUGACUCUGGAAACACGUUAUCAGCAUCCUCCAUGGACUUCCUCACCUCCUCCCUGGCCUCAUUAGCCCCGAGCGGAUCAGCAUCUUCAAACAGAAACCUGGGAGGUUGGAACGAGGUCAGCACCCUGAAACCCAGCCCGCUGCUCUGUGGCCUUCCUCUCCAGCUGAGCCUCCGUGCAGCCCUGCGUGGCCGCUGAAGGCGCAGCCCUGAGCUCAGGAUGGAGCCCCGGCUGGUGCCUGAGGCUGCCGCUCUCUCGCCGGCCCUGCUGCUGUUGGGGCUCUCAGCGCUGAGCUGUUCUCUCUCCUCGCCAGCUUCUCCCCCUCCUUCUCUGGUGCCCCGAGUCAGAACCAGCUACAGUUUGGGACGGACCUUCCUCGGUCUUGAUAAAUGCAAUGCCUGCAUUGGGACAUCUAUUUGCAAGAAGUUCUUUAAAGAAGAAAUAAGGUUUGACAGCUCACUGGCUUCCCACCUCGAACUGCCUUCUGACUACUUGCCUUCUUACCCUGCAAAUUAUUCAGACGAUUCUAAAACCUGGCGCCCUGUGGAGAUCUUUAGGCUGAUCAACAGAUACCAAAAUGAGGUCUCAGACAGGAGAAUCUGUGCGUCCAUAUCGGCCCCAAAGACCUGCAGCAUUGAGCGUGUCCUGAGGAAAACAGAAAGAUUCCAGAAAUGGCUGCAGGCCAAGCGCCUCACUCCAGACCUGGUGCAGGGCCUGCCCAGCCCCCUCCUGCGCUGCCCUUCACAGCGACUCCUGGACCGCGUGGUCCGGCGCUACGCUGAGGUGGCCGACGCCGGCAGCAUCUUCAUGGACCACUUCACCGACCGCGACAAGUUACGUCUGCUCUACACGCUGGCUGUCAACACGCACCCCAUCCUCCUACAGAUCUUCCCCGGGGCAGAGGGCUGGCCACUGCCCAAGUACCUGGGCUCCUGUGGCAGACUCCUCAUCACCACCAGCACCAGGCCACUGCAGGAAUUCUAUGGCGCACCUCCCGACCGGGCUGCUGACCUUGCCUACCAGCUCCUUGGUGUCCUGGAGUCCCUGAGGAGCAACGAUUUGAACUAUUUCUUCUACUUCACCCAUGUUGAUGCAGGCAUGUUUGGCAUCUUUAACAAUGGGCAUCUGUUCAUCCGGGAUGCCAGCGCUCUGGGUGUCAUCGACAAGCAGGAAGGCAGCCAAACAGCCACCAGGACCAGAGAGAACCAAGACAUUUUUAGCUGCCUGGCUUCUGGCUGCCAGGCCCAGCUGCCCUCCUGUGACACCAUCCCUGAGAAACACAGCCUGGUGUUGGUGUGUCAGCAGUUGCUGCCUCGACUUCUCCAGGGGAGGUUCCCCUCCCCAGUGCAAGAGGAGAUAGACUCGGCCCUCGCCGACUGUGGGGCAAGCUCCCGCCCAGAUCCAGAGGUCCUCCGGGCUGCCAGCCGACUGAAGGACAUCUUGAGGCCCCUGAGAACCUGUGACCCGAGGUUUGCCUACCGCUACCCAGACUGCAAGUACAAUGAUAGGUUCUGAGGACCUGGAGCCCUAGCUGACCCGAGAGGACAAUGCCCUUUACCCUUUCUCCUCCCCGCCCCCACCCGCCGGGUUGCUGCCAGUUUCAAAGCAGCAGUUCCGUUAUAAACAUUAGGAGACACAUAUUCAUUUCUCAGGGACUGAGGAACGCUUGAACUAGGGAGGGAAAUUGUGCGACAUCACGUGAUUGCCCCAAUUGGCUGGAAAGGUCAUGGCAGAGCCCAAGGUGGCCAUCAGAAGAUCCUGUGUGGACACUCAUUGAUGUCUUUGAGCCUCAGUUUCCCCUGUUUGCUACCAGACUCUCAAUGCUGGUGAAAGAAGAGAGAGAUGUCAGGAGCCUGGGACACAUGCUGUGGCCCCCUGCGGACGUAGGAGACAUCUCCGGGUGCAGGAAAGAGCCAGAGCUAAGAGAAGAGGAGUCAGCAGAGGCCAGGUUAUUAGUCCGGGUCGUCGACUAAGUAGGUGUCAAGCCAGGAGUGCACAGGUGCGAAUGUUCUUGGGGAAACGCCUGUGAGAAAGACAAAGAGCGGGCCAGCAAAGGCCCAGGGACUGCCACGUCAUGCUGCGGUCUGACCCCAUGGAAGGAGAGGAAGCCAGGGAAGAGAGGUUGCCAGGGUGUCUUCAAAGCAAAACCAGCCAGCAGAGGAGUCCUUUUAGUGUCCCAGUUGUACUCAGUAGGUGGCGGGAACAGGCCUUGAGAAACGUGGCCUCACAAAGACACAUUUCAGAGCCUAGCCCCUGGGACACAGGCGGUUCUGCUCUCUGAGUGGCAGGACAUCUCACGGUAGCCACGGCCAGGGACCAGGGCUCAGCUCUGUCCACACCAUGUGCUGCGAUGCACAACUCCUUAGAGUCUUUGAGAAUUUUCAUUCAAAUUUGCCCUCACAGGUCAGUGUAAACCUGUUUUCUCAAAGUCAGCUAACAGAACAUAUUCUACGCAACACUUAGUUUGCUUUAUAUCUUUUAAAUUAAAUAUUUGGUCACAUGGGCUGUAGACCUCCACGUACGCUCUUAUCAGCUCUGUGAGCGGCGGGGGGGCUCUUCUCGGUGUUUGCCCAGCCUCCCUGCCGACCCUCUACCCCCAGGGACCUUUCAGUCCACCUCCUCUUUUCUACCUCUGAAUCAGCACCUUUAAGGUCAGAACUCCUGGCUUAGUGGGCCUCACUAUGCAGAUGGGGACACUGAGACCAAGGGAGAAAGAACGAUUCGCUGGGAUAGUCCAAGAACUCCCACUACCACCCCCUGCUCUUCUUUUCUUCUCCAUCAGCCUCUGACUGUCACCCUCUGCUAUCCAGUUCUGGUUUCUCACUCACAUUUAAAGAUGGACCCCCACAAGGUCCUAUUUUGUGGCGUACCGGGUCGCCUUUGGGUUUGCCCUUUGAUUGCUCCAGACACUGCUCCGUGACAGACCAAGCUUGUGGACUACAGGCUUCUGCUCCCUGCCGGUCAUUGAAAUGGCUGCCUCCUGGAUUGGUCUGGAGGUUGAAGUCUGACCGUCCUUCUCAUCUGCAUGGUCGCAGUCCCUCCUCCCUCUGGCCUCAGUGCAGUGUGGCCUCCAUCCUUCCAGCUGGCCACAGCCUCCAGACCAUGCGGACCCCACAGAGAUCCCCCAGUGUGCGAACCAGGCCCCAGUGCAUCUCUGUAGGUCCAGUUCUUCCCUUGCAGGGUGCUUCCGUAUGAUGAGUGAUGGGGUCCCUGGGGCCCUUUCGUGGGGCUUGAGCUAACCCUCUUGUAAUGCCUCCCCUAUGUCUGCCGCCUGCAUAGGCCACCAGCCCGCACCUCCCGACCCUGAGACUCGGAGGUUUGUUCUUUCAAAAUCGUCGUGUAACCUGGAGCUGCUGAAUCUAGACAGGAAACACAGCUCCAGGCCCCUCCUGAAGCGGAACAAAGAGAUCUUAUGCCCUGCUUGAGAGAGUUCUGGGAGAAAGCGAAGAAUAAAACCACCCAAGCAACCCCCGGGGGGCUGCUGGGAGAUUUGUUUUUAGUAUAAAUUGUAACCAAACUCUGUAUUUGUGCAGCUGUGUUCACAUCCGCAGUGCAGGCCAAGAAUUAAGGAAGGGCAGACAGAUGUCAGGCAGGGCCCAGAUAGGCUUCGAAAUGGCCUAGAAGUGCUUUCCCAGCUGGUGGCUUUUCAUGGGAUCUGGAGGUCGCAGAGUCCUUCCCAUACGCUUUCACGGCAGAGCAGAUGUGUUGCUCUUGUCAACAUGGCUGAAGAUCACAGGCCCCACUGAGGCACUGUCUUCAGGGGACAUUCUCCCCAAGCCCUGCCAUCUGCUGACCGUCUCUGCUACUCCCUCCGUGUGGUGGACCCAGAACAGAUCUGUCCAGGUCCCUCUUUAAGUAACAGUUUUCUCCCCAGCAUGGGGAUGUGGUCCGAGGGCAGCUUCAGCCCCUUCAGCCUCUGCCUCAGCCAUUCUGUGGCUUGGCUCAAGGUCACACCCUUCCUAGCACAUAUCUAUAUCCAGAGACUGGGUUUGGCCAGGGGCUGUUUGGCUCACCAAGCUACAACUCUGACGGGCAGUUCUCCUUCCAGAAAUUCCCAGUGAGCUGAUCAGGACUCUGCCGGGCCUGUGUCACAGUCUCAUUUUCACCGGCCCGUCCUAUUUCCUCUGCAUUCUUACAGGUGUUGUGAGAAGGGUUACAGAUCCCUCUUAAACAUCCUGUACCCUGUAGUGAGCUGAAUGGUGAACCCCCCACCAGAAAAGACAUAUGUCCAGAUCCUAGUCCCCAGAACCUACCUGUAAUGAUUACCUGACAAGGGAGAAGAUGUGACUAACUGAAGGAUUAUAAAAGAAGGAGUUUGUCUCGGGUAGAACAGGUAGACCUUGAAUACCAUCUCAGGUGUCCUUACAAGAGAGAAGCAGAGGGAGUUUGAAGACAGAAGAAGAGUGACAUAAAAAUGGAGGCCAAGGUUGGGGUGAUUUGGCCACAAGCCAGGGAACCCAGGCAGCCACCAGAAGCUGGGAGAGGCAAGGGACGGAGUCUCCUCCAAAGCCCCCAGAAGAGUGUGGCCCUGAAUGUAGUACAUCCUCUGUCCUUCCAGCUGGAUUUCACAACACUUUGAUUUCAGCCCGGUGAAACUAACUUCAGAUUUCUGGACCCCAAGACCUGUGGGAAAAUAAACUUCUAUUGUUCUGAGCCACA